CAGCAAUUUUGGCGGGAACACCAAAAAUUAAAAAGGAUUAAUUCGAUUGAUUUAAUAAAAUUCUAUCUUUAGAUAUCGAGUAGGCUGCAAGUAAUGAUUAAUUAUGUUUUUCGACAAAGAGACGUCUAAUCUUAGUUUGUGAUGUCAACAUAAUAAGGCUAAAUGGUUAUAAUAACGCGAAGUGCAUACAGGAGAGCAUGUGAAAGCUCUAACAGCAGUGAUGUAUCGCAAAACAAUAUUAUCCCACCGUGGUGCUCAUCAGGGAGAGUUAACGAGAAGAGGAAACCUCGGAAAGUUCCGGCGUGGGAAAUAAGAUCCUCUUACCCUAUCCGAGAGAACAUAUGGGAGUACCUGCAUGACGUCAAUACUGCCAAAGGGAACAGAGCGCGGUGUAAUCGUAGACAAAAGGGUGGCAGUGGAAAAGGAAAAACGAUUGCAGUGUUUUUCGCCAUUAUCUUAUUAGCCGUAGGGAUGUUGGCGUCAAUUUGGAUGAAUAGCCCUCCAAAAACAAGUUUGCUGGCCAGUGUUAUACCCAAAGAGCAAUUAAUAUCCUUACUAGGUAUGGUGCAAACAACUUCAGUCGGCGAAGAGUGUUGCCACAAAAUGCGGUGUUUAGCUGCCGAGCUGUCAAGAGUGGAACAAGCACUAAGACAUUCAGAACAAAUACGUCGAACUAUGGCGAUUACCUCACAAAUAACAAGAACAGAUUACGCAGGAUCAAACAGAAGAUACAUAGAAGGUGCUUCUGUGUCAAAAGGUUUUAGCACCGAGGAGUACGGAGGCCAACUCGCAUUAUGGGGCGUAGUUCCUCUAUGGAGAGCCGCCCCUCCUCCAGACACUGUGUUGACUCUAAGGAAACCUACGCCUUCAGACUGCUGGCCGUUCAGAGGAUCACACGGAGAAAUCUUGAUAGAACUACCAAGUAAUACGCAGAUAGGAUCAAUCAGUUUAGAGCAUAUUCGACCAGACGCGGCCAAAAGUGCACCUAAGCACUUUAUAUUUUAUGUUUUCUUGGAGAAUGGUACUUAUGUGAAGGCAGCAGAAGGAAACUACUACGCUAGAGGACCUGCAAAGCAAUACUACAGAUUCAACUGGAACCUGCCUUUAAACAAAAUUAUCUUUAGAGUAUUGUCGAACCAAGGCAACGAUAAAUACACCUGUCUAUAUAGAGUCCACCUCUACGGGAAAUAGAAUAGCUAACCUAAAACAAUUACUAAUUUAUUGUUAUCUUAGAUGAAUUCUAUGUAAAUAAGUAUAAAGAAUAAAUAAUAUUGGAAAGUAUCGGUAGAUACCUACAUUUACUAAGCACGUUAUCAAUUGAAGGGCAGUUUCAAAAGUGUCUUCGAGCUGUCACCGUACAAAGUGCUUACCUUCUCUUAUCGUCGUCUCGCGCAUCGCCGGCGCCGGAGGCGCCGCGGCGUGCGGGGAAUCCUUUAGACUUGCGUCUUUUUGGAUGCUUCGGGUGCGCACUCUGCCUCUUGCAGAGCGGUCUUUAGGUUCCACUCUCCCCCUCCGUCUUCACCACCGCCCUCGGCGCGGUCAAGCCCACCGGGUGAGACCCUUGUGGGAGGCCCGGUGAACGACCAGCGAGCAGGCGGUGGACUUGUGAUGAGGUGGGGGGGGCUGGAUAGUCGUAUAGGGUGUUGGCUGUCUUUUUUUUUUGUGUGGAUGCAUGUGUGUAUCUAGAUUGUUGUUUUUGUUAUUUUUCUUUUUUUUUGUAUGUAUUUUUUUGUUCUUUUCUUUUCUUUUAUUAUUUUUUUUUUUAGUGUUUUAUAUAUAUUUUUUUUUGAACAAUCUAGGUGUGUGCGUGUGUUUCAGUGGGUGGCCCGCCCGCGCCAUGCGGGCGGGGCCUUCGUCAGUCCGGUGGUUGUUGCUCGACCGCCUGCGUAUGUCGCGGGCGGGAGUUUGAGGGCGUCAUCUCAGGUGGGGCUAGCUCUCGUGGGAAGGCCCUGUUGCGUCUUGUAUGAGAGCGCUCGUACGCGGGCGCGAUGUCGCGCAGGUGCUCAUGCGUCGAGGCGUCCGCUCGAUCAUACAUUCCUUGGGAUAGACGGGUUACAAACUCGUCCAGUGGCUCUAUCUUCAGGUCGCGAUGUAAAGUGGCGUUACUAACAUAGCGGCCCGCUUUGGUGAUGGUUCGCAGGGUGAGAUGUUGUUGCGCGCGGAUGCGUUUCCGCUGCGUUUCGGACAGUAAUGCAAACCAAGCGGGCGCCGCGUAUGUUAGUAAGGGUCGAAUGUACAUUUUGUAUAUGUGCUUACCUUAAUCUCGUAUAUUCCCUUUUGUCGCUGGCAAUCCCCGCGGGGACGACAGGGAAUAAACGCUUAAUCUCACAGACCUAGACCACAUGAGUAAAGAAACGUUCCUACUUGUCCUAUGAACCUUAACCGUUAGGAUACAGCUUCGCAGUAGGUACUAAUGUUGCCGGGUCCGAUUUGUUUUAAAUCGGUACAUGAGGUCAAAACUAUCGGGAUUUAGGGUUACAGAUCGGGACAGUAAACAAAAAACAAGGGGUUUUUAAGUCUGGGUUUAAUUCAUUGCGUUUUAAACUACUAGUGCAAGUAUAGUAUUAUAUUUAUUACCUAAAUUUAAUUUUUUGAUAAAUCGGGAUAGCGUCCCGAUUAGUUACAAAUGGGGACGCGUCCCCAGACCCUUUAAAAUCGGGACACCUGGCAACACUAGUAGGUACGCACCUGUAUUAAAGAAAGAUUCUCAGUGAUUGAUCU